AUGCGUCUACAGGAAGAGCUUGCACGCCGUGACACCACCGUGAUUACGCAUUUGCUAGACGGGAGUAGAAGCGUGGUACACGUCGGCAAAGCAGAGCGCGCGUCCGGAUGCAGCCAAAAGGGUCGCAGGGCAGACAUGUGCAACACACUUGGGCUAUACGCCUUGAAGCACGGGUGGGCAUCGUGGGCGCUAGAUGCGGCAGCGAGGGAAUUGCGCGGCGAGGAUGGAACAAGGACGAGCAGGUAUAUGCCGCGGGUUGACGGGCACGCGGCCGAGGAUGAUAACGGGCCGUUGGCAACCUGGUGUUCUUGCGGCAACGACACAGCGGCAUCCGUGUCGGCAUCGGGCCGGGCAAAGUCCCUCUCUUCCGAAGUGACGGUCCGAAUAGGGACAGCCCGUCACAAGGCCACCCCCGAGCAGGAGCAACUGCUAGAAUUCGCAUAUCAACGCGGCGCGUGGACCGGCGCGACGCGUCAAAUACUCGUGGAUGCCAUGUGGCUGGCUGGGCCGGGCCGUCGCGAGAUUGUGCAGGCCGGCGGCAAAGCCAGCCAAGAAAUCAACAAGGGCUCGCGCGGGUCCGUCGAAACAGUGUGGCUGCAUUACUUGUUCAUCAACAACCACGUCAACCUGCUGGCGGAUGGGCUGGAGAUGUUGCUGCUCGGGACGUACCUCACCGCGCUGGACCACGGCCGAGUCCGGGCCAGCGACUUCACCGCGUAUGCCAGCGAGGUUGCGCGGCAUGCAAGCUUGACCCGGUGGGUGAUUGCCUCUGACGAGCUGAUGCGCCGGUGGCCUGGGAUCAUGGACUGGCAUGCCGGGUGUGUGUCGACGCUGGGCUUGAUGCGCGCUCUACGGCUGCGCGCGUGGUCCUUUGCAGCCCACUGGAACGUCACGAUGCACCAUGAACUUGGCAGCGGCACAGAUGGCGAGGAACCGGCGUCGUUGUGGAUAUACAUCAUGGCAGCCCUCGGGCACGAUACGGGCGACCUGUGCAGUGACGCCAGGAGGGGAUGCCUGGACAACUGUUACUAUGCGGUCGGUGCUCACGCUGGGUAUGAAGGGGUCGCCGCCUGCAUGGACAUGGUAUGUGACGCGCUCGAGGCCGUGGUGCUUCGAGAUGCGCGAGGAGCCAUGGACAUUGGGGUGGUCGCGGGGAGUGCGUGCGCGACCUUUGAACGUACAGGAGGCAACUUGUGUGCUUGCCCCAUGCGGCCUUCAUGUGAAGCCAUCGUGGUCAUGGCCAGCGUGUGUGGGCACAGGCGAAUUGCCCCCGACGACGCCGCGGAUUUGCUGAGUAUGCGCGAUGCGGUGAGGUCGCGAUUCAGCCAUCUGCCUCCGUCAUCCAGGGGCAUGGCGCGGCUGGACCACGCAGCUCGUGAGCAGGCGUACGCAGAGGCUCUGCGAACCCUGGCAACCGGGAACGGCACACAACAGGCACACAGUUGCCUGCAGGUCGCAUAUGCAAGCGCGGCGCGAGCCAUGUGUGGAGAGCUGCGCAGAAGAGCCGCCUCUCUCCGUCAUCGUGUCGCGUCGAGUGGGCAUGUGCUGGAUUUGAGUAGCGACUGUAUGUGUGGUGGGGAGUGCAAAACGUGGUGUUGA